GUGAUUUGGAUGUUCAUGCUGGUUUCUUUGACUCAGGCUGGAGCUGGAAGGCAGUGAUCCCCAGGAACCUCACCACGAUGGCGGACUCUCAAAUGCCAAGGAGCCAAUGGCCCCUCAAGCACACGAUGGAGCUUCCGCUACCGAUUCGAUGACACCAAAAUCCACGUGGGAGAAAUCCCGCUAUGACACUUCACUUGGUUUCUUGACGAGGAGAUUCGCAGAGCUGCUGAGAAGAUCCUCUGAUGGCGUGUUGGACCUUAACCUGGUGGCCCAGGAGCUUAAUGCCCCAAAGAGGCGUGUCUAUGAUGUCACUAAUGUCCUCGAAGGAAUCCAGCUAAUCAAGAAGAAGUCUAAAAACUACAUUCAGUGGAUGGGCGGUCAGACCAGUGCUCAAAUGGAUCAGGAACUGAAUGAUCUAAAUGAGGAGGAGAAGAAGCUGGACGAGUUGAUACAAAGCUGUACGUGGCAGGUUCACCAGAUGUGUGAGAACCAUCAAGGUCAAAGAUUUGCAUAUUUGACUUAUGAGGAUGUCCGAAGAUUACCAAAUCUGGAAGAACAGACUGUGAUUGUGAUCAAAGCCCCUGCAGAGACCAAACUGGCGGUGCCACACCCAGAAGAGAGCCUACAGGUCCACCUUUGCAGCACACAAGGGCCCAUUGAAGUAUUCCUCUGCUCUGACGACCCCGCCGUACCGAUGGAAGACACACUCGGCCCUUUAGUGAACUGCAGCAGCUUAAGCUCGACCGACGGCACUGCCUACUCUACCUCUGGAGUCAGUAGUAUCUGCAACCCGCUGUCCGAGACAACAAAACACUCAUCACCAGUCUCUGAGCGCCCUGUUGACACAAUGACCGUACCUCAUCUCUCCCCAUCUGAGGGUGAACAAAGUUUUGUCUGUCUUACUUCACCUCUAGCCUUCUCUCUUGAUGGAAAGGAGUAUUUCCUGAGCCUGGCUAAGGAUGAAAGCAUCACUGACCUCUUCAACUCUGCUAACUAGAACAGCCGACCCCCCCCCCCUUCUGUAAACCGCUGUUUACAGUAGAAUGGACAUCCUGCCACAUACACAUCAUCAAGGGCAAACUGAAAAAAACCAACAAAUUAAUAAUAUAAAUAUGAUCUUUUUUAUAUUCACUUUUGCCUAUCCACAACAAUUCAACACGGAUUUAUUGACACUUGGGUAUUUGGAGCUGUUGGUGUGGUCUUUGAAUAGUGUUUUUUUUAGCUUUUGACAAACACAUCUGCAAGCCCUCCUUAAGUGUCUCACAAUGUCUGGGCUUUGAAGUCUCAUCACAGGGCUUACUCUAGACCCUUGAAACUGUGAUGGUUUGAAAGACUUUACACAGGAUUUGUUGAUUUUGACUCCUCUCCAAAUGGCCAUAAUCACAAUCAUCUACUCGUACAUAGUACGCUCUUUACUGAUAGGUAUCUUGUAUAACCAACCCUACAAUACAUGAAUUAGCAACUAUUUCCCAAGGUAGCUUCUUUUUACACGCUGAUAUGCCACACACAGUAUUCCUUUGUGUAUCUGAAAAGCAAAGCAGGUGCCAAGUUUUCUAUUUUGGUUUCUUUGUAAUUGUGUAUAAAAAAAUGCAGUAACUCACAAUAGAAUAUGAUUUCCUUGUUGUUUUACAGCAGUUAUGUUGUUCUGCACAUAUAAACACACUUUUGGUUGAACAUA